GAGCAAAAUCCCAUUUCCACCUCCAUGAACAGCCAAACCGGAGCUCAUCGAUCGCUCUCUUCAUCUUCCCUGCUCUUCACCGCGAGAACACCCGCAACACUGAUCGGCUCAUUCAACAAAUCACCAGAGAAAGAACAAGUGUGGCGAUAAUCUUCUCGCGGGGAUGCUCUACGCGCAUCCUCAAGCCCUCGGCUCAAUCGCCAAAGCUACAACAGCAUUUGGUGGCCCCUGCUCCUCUUCCUCGGAGCUUUCAUGGACUUCGAGGAUUUCCCCAUUCAAGACAGGGUUCCUUGUGGAAACGACGAGUGGAUGCGUUUCGCCCAUUCCGAUGGCUCUCGAUUCAUGGCCGAAGAAUAAGAGGGCCAGUGUGUGUUCUUCCAUUAACCGAAGAGAAUGUGGAGCUGGUGCUGGACGAGGUCAGGCCAAGUUUAAUGGCAGAUGGAGGGAAUGUGGCCUUGCAUGAGAUAGAUGGCUUGGUUGUGGUGCUGAAGCUGCAAGGAGCAUGUGGUUCUUGCCCAAGCUCUACAAUGACCCUAAAAAUGGGGAUAGAAACCAGGCUGAUGGAUAAAAUUCCUGAGAUUCAAGCAGUGGACCAGAUUCUAGACACUGAGACUGGGCUAGAGCUCAAUGAGGAGAGUGUUGAGAAGGUUCUUGCAGAGAUUAGACCUUACCUCUCUGGCACAGGUGGUGGCUUGCUAGAGUUUGUUCAAAUCAGUGACUACAUCGUCAAGGUUCGACUAAGCGGACCGGCAGCUGGGGUGAUGACGGUGCGCGUAGCGCUAACUCAGAAAUUAAGAGAAAAAAUACCUUCCAUCGCAGCUGUUCAGCUCAUUGAUUAGUCCACAUUUUACGUGAAGCCUCUGGGAGAAACUAAGAGAAGUCACUUGGCCACCUCAAAGCUAAGCCUUUUAGAUGAACCACUAUUUUCAUAUGUGGAAAAUUCACAGUUUCUAGCGUUCGAUUCUUUGCAGUUGUUGUUAAAGAUUGUUCUCCGAAUAACUCAACUAUCAAAGAGAAGUUUAAUUGGAAAAA